CGCGCCAUGUUGAGUGGAAAUAGAGGGAACCGUCCCUGUUUCAAACGGAAAUUUGGAGACCAUUUGAAAUAAACGUUCAAUUAAAAUGAAAAUUCCAUGAAAAGACCAUUUGGGGGGGUUUGAUUGUAUACACUGGAAAUAUCAUGCCUUUUCCUAUCGUAAACCAAGUGCAAACGUCUCUGCAGUCGUCAAAGCACUAUGGCAUCACGUCUCCGAUCAGCCUUGCCCUCCCCAAAGAGGCAGACCUGGCUCUCACGCAGAAGUUGACGGAGGCGCUGAAACCUUACGGCGUGUUCGAGGAAGAGCUGGAGUUGCAGCGCAGGAUACUGGUCUUAGGCAAAUUAAACACAUUAGUGAAGGAGUGGAUCAGAGAUAUCAGUGAAACAAAGAAUUUGCCUAUGUCAAUAAUUGAAAAUGUUGGAGGGAAAAUAUUCACAUUUGGCUCCUACAGAUUAGGAGUUCAUACAAAAGGUGCUGACAUUGAUGCUCUCUGCGUUGCCCCACGCCACGUGGAGAGAUCUGAUUUCUUCUCUUCAUUUUACGAGAAGCUGAAAGAACAGGAGGAAGUCAAAGACUUGAGGGCUGUGGAGGAAGCAUUUGUUCCAGUGAUUAAAUUGUCCUUUGAUGGCAUUGAGAUUGACAUUCUGUUUGCCCGGUUAGCACUGCAAACAAUUCCUGAAGAUCUGGAUUUACGAGAUGAUGGUUUACUCAAGAAUUUGGACAUCCGUUGUAUAAGAAGUCUUAAUGGUUGCAGAGUCACUGAUGAAAUCUUACACUUGGUACCAAACAUUGAGAACUUUAGACUUACCUUGAGGGCCAUCAAGCUGUGGGCAAAGCGUCACAAUAUCUACUCCAACAUUCUUGGCUUUUUGGGUGGUGUCUCUUGGGCAAUGCUAGUUGCGAGGACCUGCCAGCUGUACCCCAAUGCUGUGGCAUCCACACUAGUGCACAAAUUCUUCCUGGUUUUCUCAAAGUGGGAAUGGCCAAACCCAGUCCUUCUGAAGCAGCCUGAGGACUGUAAUCUCAAUCUCCCUGUGUGGGACCCCAGGGUCACUCCCAGUGACAGGUACCACCUGAUGCCAAUUAUCACCCCAGCUUACCCCCAGCAGAACUCUACCUACAACGUUUCAGUGUCCACCCGGGCGGUCAUGAUUGAUGAGUUCAAACAGGGUCUUGCCAUCACAGACGAAAUUUUGCAGAGUAAAGCAGAGUGGUCCAAACUAUUUGAAGCACCAAACUUCUUUCAGAAAUACAAGCAUUAUAUUGUGUUGCUAGCGAGUGCACCAACAGAAAAGCAGCACCUGGAGUGGAUUGGUCUGGUGGAGUCUAAAAUUCGCAUCCUGGUUGGGAACUUGGAGAAGAAUGAAUUCAUCACUCUUGCUCACGUGAAUCCACAAUCCUUUCCCGGUCCUAAAGAAGACAGUGAGAAAGAGGAAUUCAGCACAAUGUGGGUCAUAGGGAUCGUAUUCAAGAAAAUGGAGGGAUCUGAAAACCUCAAUGUUGAUCUUACAUAUGACAUUCAGUCAUUCACUGACACUGUUUACAGGCAAGCAAUAAGCAGUAAGAUGUUCGAGACAGACAUGAAGAUCACAGCCAUGCAUGUUAAGAGGAAACAGCUUCACCAGCUGCUGCCAAACCUGGUCAUACAGAAACGAAGGAAACACUCAACAGAGAGCGUGCGCCUAGUGAAUGAGAGCAGUCUGGACCUUUCCCUGGACAGCGACAACAGCAUGUCCAUACCUUCACCAACUGCUGCCCUCAAGAGCUGCCCGUUCAACCCCAACACCAAUCCCCUGCGGAACAGCCCUGUACCUUCGUUGACCAGCCCUUCAGAUACCCAGCCCAAGACUGAUGCAGUAGGAAGCGCCAUCCCCUCAGGAGGGGUAUCAAAUGGCCAGAAGUCCGCCUCUGCCUCCGCUGCCGGUCCUGCUGCCUCCAAACCGGCACUGACCCGUUUGGUGUCCUCCGCACGGACAACAAAUCGCACCCCUCCCCCCACGGGAACUCCUACAGCCAGGCCAGCAGCGAAGAGGACUGGCUCCCCUUUGGCGGAGGAGAAGGCCAAGAGGCAGAGAGUGGAGGAGGAUCCAGAGACAGAAACAGGUGUUUGUCGAGACGGCACUGCAGCUGAACUUGAGGCCAAGUCAUCUGUGGAGAUGAUGAGUGCUGAAGAAAUGGCUGAAUCACAAGGUGAGGUGAAAAUGGAGACUGAAAUGAAGGAUUCAGAGGAGAGGUCCACACCUUCAAUUCCAGUUCCAGAGAAAACGCUCAACACAGACCUCUCCGAUGUGCCCCUUCUCCCAGCCAAUCCCAUUCCAGUUGUGAAGAACUCCAUCAAAUUAAGGCUUAGCCGGUAGGAACACAGAGAAUCUCACAAAGCCUAGACUGUGUCAGGUCAGAAGAGGGCGGCUUUGAAAGCUGCAGAAGCAGCAAAGGGUGAAGCUGCAAAGGAGAAAAUCGGAAUUCCAGCUUUGUCCACUAGGUGGAGACUCAGCCCUUCUGUGACGACUUCAGUGGCAUUAUCCCCCAGACUGGUAGGGUUUCAGGAAAUAAUGAUACAUAAAUAUGAUGUCAUACUUUCACACUGUCAGAUGUGACUGCUAUAGAUAUAUGUGUUUGUGGAUUUUUAUUUCUGGAAAAUGUACAUUUUGUUUAUAUGGAAAAUGAAGACAAAAAAAGUCCAGAGCAGAUGCUAAUGGUGGUUAUGUUUUGUGGUAGUGUGCUUUAUUUUGAUGCAGAGUUACAAGUUGAUGUGGGUUUAUGCUAUCAACACUCAAGAUUAAAUUCAGUGCUGUCCUACAGCUGUUAGUGAAGACCACUAAUCGUCUAAAAAUGUCCAGAUUUAAGUUUGAUGAUAAUAAUUACAAUAUGGUAGGCGCUGUCAGCUACUCUGUGCCUUUGGGAUAUGUAUGUGGUAGAUCAUCAAGGUAAUGGAAUAGUGUCACUAAUUGAAUUAGCUCAGGUUUGAGUACAUAACUUGACCAAAAACAUGUCUCCAGAUCUUUUUUUUUUAGUUAACGUAGCAUCUUUUGAUUUUUACCAUAGUCAAAUAUAUAUAUGAAGAGAGAGAAAGAGAGAGAGGUACAUACAUUUGGCUAUGGUGGAAAGUUAUCCAAUGAAGUACUGGUCCAGAGUAUUCACAGUAGCUGAAGACUGACAUAAGAACAGUGAGUCAAAGUAGAAGUUUUCUGUAUAGUACCAUUUGGAAUAAUUUGCUUUGUACCUUGUGAGUUGUACAAAAUAAAUAAAUGGAUUUUCUUUGAACAUUAUAUUUCAGUCAUUGCCUGGAUUUCAGUGCAGUAAAAUAUCUGGUAACACUUCAUAUCUAGGUCCCAUUAAUUAUCCAUUAAUUACUGUAUUUUAAAAACAUCAACAUUUAUUGUAGUUUUUGUCCUUAAGCAGACACCUCUCCCCUUGCAAGUAACUUUACAAUAGGCACCGUUUAACAGGUCAACUAACACUUUAUAGUGUCAGGUCAUUUUUAAGGGUCAGUAGUGUUUACUGUAGGACACUACUGCAAGACAAU